CCCUAUGACUGUGCGAAAAGGAAAACGUUUAGCCAUCUCCAUCCAGGAGCACAUGGCUAUCGACGUCUGCCCUGGCCCCAUCCGCCCCAUCCGUCAAAUCUCUGCUUACUUCCCCCGCCUCUCGCCCACUUCUUCCUUCUCUGAGCCACUCUCACCCAAUCAGGUGGCAGCUCCCACCGCGCUCAGCCCCAGCAGCGCGGGUCAAGGUGGAGGAGCUGUCGGAGGGGGAGGAGGUGGAGGAAGCAGCGGUCUGUUGUCACCGCUAUUACCAGGAGGGGCAGGCGGAGGGGGUUCGCUGUCAGCCAUGAGCAGCAUGGACACCUCCAUUGAGAUCGACAGCUGUGACAGUGAUGAUAACACCUCCCUGGGGACUUUAGAGUUUGACCUACUGUAUGAGAGAGCCACCAGCUCCUUACACUGCACAGUCCUGAGAGCAAAGGGUCUGAAACCGAUGGAUUUCAACGGUUUGGCUGAUCCGUAUGUGAAGCUGCAUCUUCUGCCAGGAGCUUGCAAGGCCAAUAAACUGAAAACCAAGACUGUUCGCAACACGCUGAACCCUGUAUGGAACGAGACGCUCACCUACUGUGGAAUCACAGAGGAAGACAUGUACCGCAAAACACUCCGGGUGUCCGUGUGCGACGAAGACAAGCUGACACAUAAUGAGUUCAUCGGGGAAUCGCGGGUGGCCCUGCGCCGUGUGAAGCCUGACCAGACCAAACACUUUAACAUCUGUUUGGAGCAUCCACCUCCUCUGCCAUCACCGACUGCGAUGAGCACAGCCUUGAGAGGAAUCUCCUGCUACCUGAGAGAGUGGGAGACGGAGCAGCAGAGAAGUCUAGAGGAGAGAGGCCGUUUGCUGCUCUGCCUGCAGUAUCUCCCCCCAGCCAGUGAUGGCGAUGUGAAGGGCGAGGCCAAGGAGAGGGCUCGUGGAGGGCUGUGUGUGGGCGUCAAACGCUGUGCCCACCUGGCAGCCAUGGAUGUCAACGGCUACUCAGACCCCUAUGUUAAAACGUAUCUCAAGCCAGAUGUUCACAAGAAAUCCAAGCACAAAACAGCAGUCAUAAAGAAGACUCUCAACCCAGAGUUUAAUGAGGAGUUCUUCUAUGAAAUCUCCUUCUCAGAGUUAGCUACCAAGACGCUGGAGGUCACAGUGUGGGAUUACGACCUGGGAAAGUCCAAUGACUUCAUAGGGGGUGUGUCUUUAGGGUGUCACUCACAGGGAGAGACUCUGCAGCACUGGAUAGACUGUCUGAAGAACAAGGGAAAGAAGGUGGAGCGCUGGCACACGCUGACCAACGAGCUGCCCGGAUCCACGCUGCAGGAAUGA